ACGAUAAGCGGGAGUUGUCGGUAACAGCUGAUUAGCAUACACAAAGCAACAUGAAAGUCAAUGGCGCAGUUGAUCAGAGAGGAAUUACAGCUAAAAAGUGAUAUACCGAAGGAACAAUUGUUUGACAACGCUAGAAAAACUUAAAAGUAACUUAUGACAAGAACAAAAUGUGUGAUGUGGCAACUUUCAACCAGAGAUAUUUCCAAGGCAGCUCUUCCAAUGGUGUUUCAGAGAAAGCAAACUGUAACAUGUUCUGGAAGAACGAGAAAGAGGGUGGGGCUGAGAGUCCCAGACACCCUGCAUUUAAUCAAAUGGACUCGGGUUUCUUUGACCAGCUCAGCUAUUGUGAAAGGUAUGAUGUCAAUGCCAAUGGAGACAAGUUCUCUCAGUUUGAUGACAUUGUGUCCCAGAUACUAGAAGAUGACAGUUCCCUUUACGCUUUUAAUCAAAACCUCAAGAACCUGAACCUGUCAUUUAACCAAGGGAGUAAUGGGUCUUUGAGUGUUCCCUCGACCCCAGGAAGUGCAUGGUCAGCUGUGACUGAUGAGAUGCCUCAGAAGGCCCAGGGCAAUGCAUUUGACUUCAACCUCCAUGGUAACCCUGAUCUUUCCACCAUUAGCAACAACAACUUGUCAGACUUCAACUCCGAGAUCUCCCUGGAGGAUCUAGAAUCACUGCCUGCCAAAACAGACGGCCCAGAUCUGGAGUUGCUCCAGUCCUUCAUGAUAGAGCAGUCCAGAAAAAGCCUCAAAAAUCAUGAUUAUUUAGAUAACCAUUUAACGGAAGCUUUCAUGAGCAUGUAUGAUGUAAAAGCAAUGCCCACAUCUGCCCCUCAGACCAAAACUCUGUCUCAGCAAAGCAUAUCAGGGAAAGAAUCUCAGAACUGCCCACAGUGGCCUCCCUUUGACAACCAGCAUUAUCUCAAAAGCCAGACUAUGGCUUCUAAUUGUCCACAGCGGGGGAACUUUUCACAGUUUGCGAAGGCUCAGACCUUCUCACAGGGAAGCUUUGAAAAGACCGAACUCCCCAAGUUUCCUCCCGAAGUGCCCCCUCCCCUGGCCUUCCCUCCCAGCAGAAAUCUCAACCAGAAAACAGAAACAAUGAGUUACACCAGAAACUCGGAUAUGAAGACAAGAAGUACCAGUGAUGAGAAUAAAUUACUGCAGGCAGGAGUUGGAACGUCUAAUCAGGGAUAUCAGCCAGCCGAAAUGGGAGAUGGUAAGAACGUGCUGCAGCCGAUCCGGGUGAACACCUACAGUGGCCUGGGCUAUCAAGGUUGUCCCACCUCAGGACAGAGUACUCCAGUAUCACUGAACGGGAACAGCUACCAGAUGUUGGACAAGUAUAGUUUGUCCCCAGUCACCAGUGCCCAGGGAUUCACAGUACCAACCAAACCUCAGGCUAGGCCACAGGAGCUUUCCCAGCUGCCUCCAUCAUAUCCCUCUGUUUUGGAUAAACCCCAGACAGGGAGACCCAACACUCACAUCUCUCAGGCCUUCAGGCAGAAAAUGGCCAAAAUGACCCUUUCCAGCCCAACAUCAGCCAUGACCGAUGUCAAAUACUCACACGAGAUGACUGACAAGCCACACACAGUCAGCCAUCAGGGCCUGACCCCCACUAGUUACGGGGACUCAACGGCUAACUCGCCCAUCUACCACAAACGACUCUCCAGGGACAAUCUCUCAAUGCAAGAUUUUCAAGCACUCGGUGCCGUGGCACAAUCCCACCAUCCAGCAUUUGUCAAAUACCUGCCAAAUUUCAUUGCUCCUCCCCAUUUCAUCGCCCCCUCUGGUGCCUUGCCUGGAGAGGCCUUUGAGUAUUACCAUGUUGAUCCUUAUGGCAGACUGAUUCCCCCCAUGUUGACCCCCGAGAUGUAUGUGGAUGUCCCCUACAUCUACCCUGGAAUUCACCAGGUUGUUCCUAACGUCAGAAACCCAAGGAGGAGUGGUCCUUCUAAUGAGCUUCACCUUAAACUGGAGGAUUGUUAUGAACAGUUCAGAAAUAUUGAAAGAGAAAGGAAAAAGACGGAAGCUGAGUUGGCCCGACAGAACCCAGGUAAGAAGGUGUCCAGCACCAACAACAUCGUUGUUCCCCGUCUGCCCUCUAAUCCAUCCCGCGUGGAUCGGCUCAUCGUCGACUCCUUCAAAGAACAUGCAAGGAUAAUUACGCUGGUGGACAAAAUGGAGAAGCUUCGUAACUUUGUGUUACACCCACACAUUCACUCAGCACUGGAGAGAUGGUUGGAGGGAAUCCGUAAAGUUCAGGCCCGACGUAAGGAGGAAAUAGUGAAUGCCACAAACCGCCACAGGAACAUAGGAAACCGCCACCAGGAGGACAAAGAUGUGUUAGCUCUAGCUGCCAGUAUUGGAGAGUUGUCCAUUCUAUGCAGGAAGGCCAGAACAGCCAACUGGUGUGCCCUACAGUUGGCUGAUAAAGACAAUGCUCCUCUCACCUCACUGGGCUUCGAAAUCAAAACAGAGAUCACCGAAGACGGAUUCCCAGUGUAUGUGUCACAACAGAAUGUCAUCGAACUUCAGGAGGGCGGGGAGGAGCCGGAGGACUCUGAGAGCAAAGCCAAGACUGAGAAUAAGUAGCGUCAGGGGGUGGUAACGCAAAGGCUGAGAAUAAGUAGCGUCAGGAGACAGUAAUGCAAAGGCUGAGAAUAAGAAAUGUCAGGAAGAUUACUGCUGUCAGUCAUUGUGUAGUAAGCAUGCCAGUCUCUGUUUCUGCUUUUUGUACAAUUAUUAUUAGUCGUGAAGUAAGGUUCAAUAGUUAGAGUAUUUAAUGUUAUUGCAUGCCUGUAGUACAUCAUGUGGCAUAUUAGGUAGUUAUUCUUAGGCUUUCUUUGUAUCAGUUGUUAUUUGUAUUAAGGGAUAUUAAUCUGAGUAUUGCAAAAUAACAGAAUUAUUUAUUGUUGUCUCAUAGAGCUCUGGUAAUGACACAUAGCCUAGAACAAAAAGAAUUUGACAGUGUUCAGGAUAAAAUGUGCAUGUUCUGGGUGUUUAUUGCUGUAUAAUUGUUGGUUUACAAUUAUAUUGGAUCAUACAAAUAUAUACUCUGUAAAAUUUGUGCAUUUAGUCCAUUUGAUGAUAAUGUUUGAUUCUGAUGUAACAUCAACAAUGAGUUUAGUUUUAGUAUUUUGUUGCAAGAAUUAAUCAUAAGAAAUACAUUGUAUCAUAAUUCAUGUGUGACAUAAUUUGAAUUUCGAGGACGAUUUUUCACUUUGGUAUACACAUGUUGUGUGUGAAGAACACAGCACUGCAUGGAUAGAUCUGAGAGUUUUGUUGUGUGUCAACUUUCUGAACUUUCAGUUCUCUACCUUAGGAUACACGGAAGUGACUUAACAAUAUCAAAUGGCAGAAAUCUUGCAAUUGUUAUUUUGCAAACGAUGGCCUUUCUGUGAUACCCGUAUUCGGUUGAUGCAUCUGUUUAUUUCAUCAUUUACAAAUUUUAUGAAUAUGAUUUAUCCUGCUUUAUUAGAAUCUCAAAUUUUUAAAUUUAUUUUUUUUUGCACAAAAUUCAUGUCAUGUUGACCAAUCCCACUAUUUGAGUAAUUGAUUGUGAUAUUGCAGACUUGUGACGUUUAUUUACAAAGAAAAGUACGGUAGAAAAAAUACCAUUCCAGUGGUUCCGAUUCACAGAGUGAUUUUUAAUGUUGGUUGUGUGUUUUCAUUGUGUUUGAUCACUACAUUGUGUUACUCUACCAUUGAUGCUUGUAUAUUUUUAUACCUUGUGCUUCAUUUAACAUGUAUAUCCAUGUAGCUCAUUUACAAAUCAAGGGCUUAGAAAAUGUGCCUCACAUUUACCAAUCAAAGACUGAGCUCAAAGUGAGUCAAACUUUGGGUCAUCUGAACAUAAAGGUGACUAAAGAAGGGGGUUUAUUGACAGUGAUGGAUGGGAAAUGAAAUGUCAUGAUCAUUUUAUGUGAAGCAGUCUGAAGAUGACUCCAAAACAAAUAUGAACUAACAAGAUUUAAAGGUGAUACUCAUUACUCGUCUUCUCCAACAUAUGGAGUACUACAGUGUAUAUACUGAUGCAUUAUGUUGGCGUGAUUCUGCUACAGAAACAUUGCUCAGAUUGACUAGCUUAAAUGUAAAUGAUUUGUGGAUUCAUUAAUUUUGCAGUGGUCUCUGGAAAAUUCUUACAUAUCUGACUGAUAUAUUUUAUAUACGUGUUCAGGUCCUGUGUUUGGCAGUUCCACUGCUAUUGUGUAUUAGUUAGUUCCCACUAACUCUUGUGUACAUACAGUGUGUGAAACGUUCAUUUCAUAGCAGGACAUUGCAACAAAUAAUAUCCUAUCUGGUUGUAUGUUGAUGUAGUUUUAAGUAGCUCCAUAUUUUUAACAGUAUUCAAAGAGACAAUAUCCACAAGAAUCAAAAAUAGUGGUAUUACUUGAGAUGGAUAUAUUUUUAUAAUCAGAUGCCCUAGUCAGUAGUCUCCCUUUAAUUCCAUGCUAUUUUAUGACAUUGAUGUGCAAUUUUUUUCUCACAGGUUGAUAAUGUAUCAGUAAUUGGAUCAUUGCUAUGCCUACUAUAAUUUUUAUAGACUUAUGUGUUGCUAAUGAGUAUUGACAAAUCCUUAGAAUUAUGGAGGAUAUUGUGAUUUUAUUUGCUUGAUGAUGAGUGUUAAUAGUGCUUUGUUAACAUUGCAGCUUGCCCCUGUCCCAGUUUUAAUUACCCCCCUUUACUGAUAGUCUCCUGUAUAACAGCAUGAUCUCUGGUCAUUACUUAAUUACAUUGAAUAUGCAAUACACACAUAAGUUUUGAAUCUGCUUCUCACAGAUCUUGGGUGUUUUUGGUGCAACUUAAAUUCUAGUCUCAUUAUAAUGAUACAAACGUCUGUAGUUUUCAUUUCUGUAUUUGUAAUUUGUGACAUGUUAGGCUUAAAAACUUGGAUUUUGUGUUGAAUUGAUUUUGAUAAUUGCUUAUGUUUCAGUGUCUUUUGGUCAGUGAUUGUAUGGUGAUGUGUAGUGUUGGGGAAAUUCAUGUGCACAUACAAUAAUUAGCCGCCUCUUGAGGAUAGUAAAUGUAGACACUGCACACUUUAAAAAAUGAUAAAUCAGAUCAAAUGUAAAUCAUGUUUGAAAGUUACAGAAAAGAUAUGUAUUAAAAAGUAAAAUUUAAGAAUCGCACAAUAGCAUAUAUGAUUUUUAUAAGUUUGUUACGAAAGGCAAAAAUUUAUGUAUACAUGUAAUUCAAAAUGGUGAGAGUAAUUGCAUAUUUGUAUAGGACAGUAUUACUGGAUUUAAAAAAAAAAAAAUUAUCCUUGCACUUAAUUUCGGGGGAAUGAAAUAUUAAAUGUACAAUAUUUUCUCAACAUAGAUAAUAUAAAUUAGAAGUUAGAACCUGGAGUGUAACUACAGAAGUAUUAGCUAAAUUAAUGGGAAGACAUCAGUAAGCUAGGAACGAAAAGAUGUCAAUAGUGUUGUUGUUUUGUUUUUUCCUUAGGUGCUUCAAUUUAUUAUAGUGCAUGUGUGACUAUAUUUUUGUAUCUAACUGUGUGAUAUUUUCAACAUAUCUGUAGACUGCUACUAAUCAAGUUUUUGUGAACCUCUAGUUCUCAUUUGACUUGAUUUCAUUAGCCUCAGUAUGACAAAAAAAAGGAGGACUUUCUAUAUAGAUUUGCUAGAUGUGUUCAGUAUUUAAAAAUCCAUGUAUAUUAUUCACAAUAAGAAUUGAAUGUAGUGCACUGAUAUUAGAUUGUAUAUGGACCAAUGUCGUUAUGUGUGUAGCACAUGUAGAUAACACAAAUCUCUAUUGUAUGUUGUAUUCAGCCUAUAAUCAUUAUAGUUACUGGUGUUUGUGAUAUUUUGUGAUUGUUACUUAAAAGUUUGUAAAUAUACUCAGAAUUAUUGCAUGGUGAUAUAUUUAAUCUGUGGUUAGUUUGUUUUUACCUGUAGUUUACCUGUAAUUAGUAUUUUCUCAGGAUAACGAUGUAUGUCAAUGUUCUUUGUCACCAAACCAAUGAUUUGAUUAUUUGCAAAAGAGAAUAGUUUUAUGGUUGUUGUUUUUUUCCAAUUGAAGGCUAGCAAUAUUUCACACGAGAUUCCUUAUUUAGAAUUACUAAGUCUGUAUGUUGUACAAUGAAUUUUUUUGGUAAAAGGACAAAACAGUGUAUUUUGUGAGUUAAAUUAUAUAGAUAUUUGGUAAUGUUAUAGCCAUUUUGAUUUUUGAAUAGUAGGACAUUACUGCAGAUAGUACACCGUGAAGUUUGUACUGUGUUGAGAACUUUUAGUGUUGUAUGAAGAACUGUACUACUGUGUUAAAUGUUCAAACAGAAGCAUUACAAAGCAUUAGUAUAUUAUGUCAGAUGGAGUCAUAUUUAAGCUGUAUGAUAUGAUUGGUACUGAUUAUUCAAGUUUUGUUUUUUAUUACUCUCUUGUGUUUUGUUGAAAUUCAGAAGCAUGAUACCACAAUAUUGUGUGUAAAUUGGUAUUCUGUUCAAACUUCUGUAACUAUUCUUUGCUAAUGUUUGAUUUUAGCAUUGUGGUAAAAUUACAGUAAUUUUUUAUUUGUUUAUAUGGUUCUUUUUCUUUUUUUCUUUUCUUUUUUUUUUUUUUUUUGCAAUUGUGAUAUGAAUACAGAUUAAUGGUGCAGAGCCUAUGCAUCUGAUGCAAAAUUUCAAGUCUCAUGGUUUGAUUUUAGAAAAGUAUGUAGUAAAUGGGUAUUUUAGCUGCUUAUCCAGCUUGUAUUUAGUUUCAAGUAUUAAUCAUGUUUUUUUAUUUAGAUCUUUGUGUAUUUUAGUAUCAUAUGGAGUUCAUUUUAGCCAUGAAUUUAUUAUUAUUAUUAUUUAGCUUUGUGCUGAUGGUGAUAGUAUCUGAGGUUAGAUUUUUUCAUGAUUUUUAACUGAAUAGGUUAGCUUUUUGCAGUCAAGAUGGGGAAUUUAAAAGCAUAUUUUGUAAUCUGCACCAAUAACUUUGAGUAGAUAUACUGCAUUGUAUCUUUAUCAACAGGGUAUAAUGUCCAUUGAACAAGUUGACCCUGUGUAUAUACUUGUAUUUAUAGCAACAUAUGGUAUGUCAGCUUAAGCGCAACUCAUUCAGCUGCUUAGCUUCUGGCAGUGCCAUGUGCUUCACUGCAAAUUGUUCUGGGUUUUGAUUGUCCGUUGAGAUACAAUGAUCAUGAAAUGCCAAAUCUAGUUUAGAUGUAGCCAUGACGAGCGUUCUAACCUCAGUGCCUGGUCAGACAGUCAACAGGAUUUCCAAUGGGUUCAUUAUGUGCACCUCAUGCUACACAAGGAAGAACUGAUUAACCUAAGUGAACAAACACAAUUUUUCCUGAGUUUGUUCUCCGACACGGGAAACCACAUAAGAACUUCAUUCUUGAUAGAGAAAGUAGCAUGUGGGUAGCAUUGUCCUCUCAAAUUCAUGUUUCUGAUUUAAUGUUUAUCAAAAUUCAAUGAAAAAGUAGAAAUAACUGUAAAAAGCAUUUUUCAGGGAAAUCUGUUGAUUUGUAGUCUUAGUCUAAUUUUAAAGUUAUACAGGGUUUUGGGGUUAUCUCUCGGAUCUUUUUACCAGGAAAUUGAGUAUUUGUAAUAUUAUAAUGUUGAUGAAUAAUUUGGGUGUUUUUCACUGGAUUGAAAUUUCACCACUCUGCAGUAUUGUCGAUGUGUUUACUAAUCAAUACUUUGUCCGUGUUUUCAAAGAAUAUAAGUGCAUACUUGUUCAGGACAGGGUUUGAGAUUCCAUUGUUCCCAUGACAUCAUAUUAACUUGCCAUUUUAACUGUGUCACAUGGUGCCAUACUUGGUCGAACUCAGCAACCUGCUCAGAAUUCUUUGUGAAUAUGUCCCUAGGGCUAUAGGUCAUAUUAAGAUUUUUAUUUUUUGUGAAUCUGUUCCUAGGGUAUAAGUCAUAUUAAGAUUCUUUUUGUUUUGUGAAUCUGUCCAUAGGGUUAUAGGUUAUAUUAAGACUCUUAUUUAUGUAUGUGUUAUUUGAGAAUUUUUAAAGUCAUUAUGGUGGUUCAGGGAAUAAAAUUUUUUAAAAUGUGGAUCGAGGGGGGGGGAACUCGGGCUGAAAUUAUUUUAAUAUUUAUAAAAUAGUAGAUAAUAGGCAAGGCAAAUUAACAUGAUAUUCAUUUCAUAUAAUCUUGACAUAAAACAUGCUAAAUAUCCUGUUUUAUGAAAAAAUUCAAAACUGAGAAGACAAACAUGUAAAUGAGUAGAUUCUCUUCCUAUCAACCCUGUAUGAUAUUUAGUAUGAAACCCUACAAAUAGUUUUCAUUUGGCUGAUAUAUAGGGAUUUAUACACUAAACAUUGCAAUAAUAAUGUGCUUGAAAUAGUGUUCUUGUCUUCCAAGAGACCUAACAGUAAUUAUAAUCAUUUUCAUUUGUUUUGAGAAAGAACCCAGAAGAAAUGACUGGAGUCUUUCAGCACAAGCAGAAGGCACUGAUUUGUGUUGUGUGGUACACAUACAUAUAGUUAGUAUUUUAUCGUAUUCAAUAUUUACCUUUUUCUCUUCGAGUUAUUUAGUGGUAUAUAGCGUAGAAAGAUCAUGGAUUGAGUUGUCGUAUCUACAGGAUUUGGUCACCACAUGUCAUACGAGGUUUGGAAUUAACAUACAUUUAAAUUCCUUUAGUCUUGUCUAUUUUUUCUUUUUCAAAAAGAUGUGUUUUCCAUAUAAUUUUGAAAUUAUCAAUUUCUGGUCAUGUAAAUACAUGUAAUCGGUAUUUAAUGAAAAAUUUAUCGUCAAAACCUGUUAGAUAUUGCAAUAUCUGUGUGCCUUAACCCCCAAUUUGACAAAGUGAAACAGUUGUAGCUGUUCUAUAUAUCCUUUUUCCUGUAUUUUCGUAUUCCGAACUUCCUGAUUUGUGGGUGGAUGACCAAGACCAUGGUAUUUAGUAAUGUUGCUCUAUGCCAAAGAUUUGGAUUUGUGUUGUGUGUGGCACCACGAGGGUUGUAUCUGUGGGGUGUAGAGCUCAGACCGAGAGGAUAGUGGUUGUACGUUUUCUUAGUUUGGUUAGUGGAGCUGGUAUAUAUGAAAGCUUUUGGCUUGUAACAGUAGACUGUGAUAAAUUUGUUCAGUAUCUUGAAAUAUUUUUUUUCUUUCAAAUUCAUUCUAUGAUCAGGAUGUAUGUCAUAACAUGAGAUAAUUAAACUCCUCAAGCCUACCUCUGCAGGUUACAUAGAUAUCAAUGCAAUAAAGUUUCCAUGGAAAUGACUCUAAUUGUUUACGUAUGCUUGAGCAUAUCAGAAAGAAAAUUGUUGAAGUUCUUAUUUUAUUGAUAUGAUAUUUUCAUGUAAAACUGGUCUGCAUUAUGUAGCUAGAUUUAUUAAAGAAUGAAUUUGUGAAUAAUUCAAAAUUAUUUUUUCUGAAGAAUGAAUUUUUAAUUCCAAAACUGUUUUUUGUGAACUGGAAAGAGUUUCCCAGAUGAAAGUGAUUGGAGUGUAGAGUUCUUGUUUACUUUUCAAAGUACUUUUUUCUAUUAAUAAAUUGUUUUCAAUAUGA